CCCGCAACGUUCAGCGCCGUUUGAUGUGCAUCAGGGAGCUGCUCCCCCAAGACCUGUUUCUGCAAGCUCCUGCUGCAUCUUUCUCUCUGCACUCUCUCUUGCAAGAGUAUCGCCCAUGGACUGGAGCAAAACCAUCCAAGCCUAUAAAGACAAAGCAAGGCUUCAUUAUCCCAGAAGACCACUUUGUUCAAGAGACAAGCUACAAGGCAGAUUUUAAGAUCCCAGAGGUGAAGACCAGGUUCUCCCCCAACCCUUCUGCUGUUUUCCAGGCGCCGGCACGGAUCCUCAACGUGUGAACCCGGGGCCCUCCUCACGCCCAGGCAGCUUAAAAUGCCGCGUUUCUGUUGAGAUGUAUCACUAUGCAAUUUUCAUGAGGAAUGUUGAGAUCAAAGAACCAGUAUUAUCAAAAAAAAAAAAAAAAAAAAAGAAAAAAGCAGCUUCAGUGAUUAAUGAUAUGCACACACACACACAGAGUUUCUGUUAACACAACAAACCGCCAAGCGCUGGGUUCCGAGGCAGCAGAACACGCUGCGAGGAGCGACCUAGUUAAUUUUUUGGAGGAGCAGGUUCAUUACUAUGCCAGCUGGCAUCACAUUAGGAGAUUGACUUUGGGCAGCAAAGGCAGUAUAUUGCAGGCAACAUCCCUACACGCUUAACUCCACCGGGUGGGAGGGAGAACAAUCGCAAGCGGGACAGAUAAUUAAAACAAAACAAAACAAAAAAAUAAAAAAAAGGAGCUUCAUUUAGCAGCACCCUCUAAGUAGGCUGGUGACAGACAGGGAGAGUGUGUCUGGCUGACUUCUGAGCUUCUGGAGGGGGCUUGGGAAAUAGGACCUCAGAGAGCAUCACCACAAAUCACAGCAUCCAAGGGGCCAGUCUGAACUUCCAGGGCUGUUCUGGAAGCUGGAGGAUGCCAGCAUCCUUGAACUCUAAAAUAAAACUGGCACAUACAGUGCCUUGGGGCUCUAAGGCUGGAAAGCUGGAUAUUUCCAAAAUCGGUGUGCUGACGCAGAAGCAAGAGAGGACCCAACUUCAGGAGACAGCCCUGACAGCAACGCAACAGCCUGGUUCGGAGGAGAUUGCAUGGGAACCUAAAAUCUGAAAUAUUUAUGUAAUUUGUAUAGCUGUUAGGGGGAGAGUGUAAAUAUUGUAUAUGGAUUUUACCUAAAAGAGUUUUGAGAUCCUUUAAUAAAAGGGACAUGCUUAUACUUUUAAUAAAUAUUAACUCUUUGCAUAUGCAAGGUGGAAAAUAUUGCCUUGAAAUUCCUAAAUUAUUGCCUGUAUAUUGGUAAUGCUAAUGCUAGGAACAACCAGAAGCGAAUGUUACUUAGAAACUCUUCUUAAAGACAAAACGUAAUGUAGAAUGUAAGACAUCUUCAUUUUUAAGACAGACCAUUUUAAGUGUCAUUAUUCUAAAGCUGAUUUUUUUAGUUGGGUGUGUGUUUAACUUUUGCGGAGGUACACGUUUCAAGAAACCAUUUUUUAGCCUUUGUUCAUCAAGACCGUAGUGGGUUUACAGUUUUUUAUCUCAGUGACUUAUGCGAUGUAAUUAGUCUACUGCUUAUUUCAUGGUUUUGCUAAUUAUUUUGGAGGAAAAAAAAAAGACCAAAUUGAAAAACCUUUACUUUACGUGUUUGAAACACACAAAUAUGUGGGGGGAAUGAAAGGAAGCGACCCUCAGACCCAAGCGGUGAUGGGAUGUUCAUCCAUCUGUGGUGAAAUGGACUUGAACACAGGAGGAUUUUUUUUUCUUAACCUUCCUACUAACGGAAGCUGAAGGCAAAUCUAAUGAACCCUGGGGACUCUGCAAACACGUACGCAUUGUUCUUCUGGGAAUUAUCAACAAUUUCUGCACUGCUGGCAUGUGGGUUGUACGUGGAAAACAUGCAGAUGCCAUCUUCUCACUGCAUUAUGUGAGAGUUGGACCGAACACCGCCGCCAGAAUAAGGGAACAUCUGCCGUAGGCUGGGACAGGGGAUGGCCCUUCCCACACUCAGCCCUGGACCCACAGGAUCAUCCAGUAACUCCAGUGCUCGCCAAAAUAAUUUUUCAGGAGAUUCAUUUUUCAGGAAGUUCAUUCGAAACAAUUCAAACUGUACUACAGGUUUUGCAUGUUAGAUGUUUCUAAGAAUUCAGUCUGCUUGUUUAAUCUCUUUAUAAUGUUUUUAACUGUUUUGUUCAAAACAAUUUAAGUUGAUUUCAAUCCUGGGCUUUAUUAACAGCAAAAAAAAAAAAAGCAAAAAAAAAAAAGAAAAAAGGAUAGAUUGUCUAUUCAGUCUCUCUUCUUAAUUCACUGUAUUUCUUAAAAAAAUAUAAAUGAACCCAGUUCUGAACAAACUGGUAAUAUAAUAAGCUUGUAUUUUAUCAAAUGGACUGGAUUUAAUUUAAUAAAUUAAAAUGUAUUUUG